UGUGUAAAAAUAUGUUGAUGUAAUUAAACGUUGUUAUUGUAACAAUAUUAUCAUUACUAUUCGUAUUUUAGUAGUUAAUGUUAGUGUUUUUAUGUUUUUUUUUCGUGGUAUCGAAAAUUGCACAUGAGUGGCAGUUCAUUUGCUAAGGGACGAAAAAACUGGCGACCACCAUUCAAAGAACAGAUUUCAUUACUCGUAGUUUAGAACAAGUCAUAGUUAUUAGUAUAUUUAUAGUAGUACUGUAGUUGUAUUAGUCUGUCUAUUGCUAGAAGUAUAGUUGGAGCAGCUAUAAACCGAGAUUGUGUUAAAACGGCACAAGCAGUUGUACUACUCGAGUCGUCCGGUCGGUUGCUAGGCGACGACAAAAAUGGCUGUCAACAUUAAAACUGCAGAGGUGCAGAAAAAGAUUCGAGCAGCUUUCGAGGCGUUUGACUACCAAUCAAACCAGACAGUGGAUGUGCGAGAGAUUGGCACGAUCAUCUAUUCUCUGGGUUGCUUCCCCACUCAGGCAGACCUCCACAACUUCAUAGCUGAGGUAGAAGAGGACGAAACAGGAUACAUCCAUCUGGACCGCUUCCUGCCCGCCAUGACCACAGUUCUCCUGGAACACAAGUUCCCUCCCAUCACUGAGGACGUCCUGCUUCAAGCCUUUGAGGUUCUGGACAUUGAAAAGAAGGGCUUCCUGGACCCAGACGAUCUAUCGCAGUACAUGACUGAAGAAGGUGAAGCCUUCACCCAAGAGGAGAUGGAUGAGAUGCUGACAGCACUCACCGACCACGAGACCAACCUCAUUUACAGCAAAGACUUACUCAACCACCUCAUCCUCGACCCUGAAGUGUAGAUAUCACCAUUCAUCAACGUGUAGACUGUAUAUACAACUAUACAGGUAUAUGUGUAUAUAUAAUACAUGUAUGGAAAAGUUGAGAGCCAUUGCUUUUCUGCUGUACAUUUAGCUGCAUGAAAUACAACAUGAAGGACAUUAGUGGGUGACAACUCAAAAACAAACAAAGCACAUUUCGCUGUGUCAGCAUUUAAUCACAAUAAAGUUCGUUAACGUGCAUGAAAAAGUUACAAACUGCUUUUCCAAUGAUGCCACUUAUCCCGACUGUCGAUAAGAGAAAUGAUUGCAAACAUCAGUAUGAAUUCAUGCUGACAUUCUUUGAACCCAAAAACCACCACAAUUUCACAGUAAAAACAUGACCCGUUAGUGUUCAGCUUAGUUUGCCAUCACAAAAGAUGAAUACCCAAAAUAUUCCCUUCAAGGAAUUAAGGCUCAUUGACAUCCAUCAUAUAUUCUCAGUACAGCAUCAGACUAAUGAUGUAAAGAACAUCAAUUAAUGGAGGCAACCUUUUUUUUUUUUUACCUCAUACAACAGCGUUGCAAGUAUUGCAGGGAUGCAUGGAAACGUGGACUGAAAUGAAGAUUUAGGAAAGUGGUGAAUAAAUAAAAAGCAUGGAGGAUCAGGAAUGGUUCUAGAGGCAGUCCUUGCGGACCAUUUGGUCCUAAAAGAGUCUCACACACACAAUGUGAUCAUAUAAAAUGGAAAGAAAAAGGAAUCCAGCAUCUGACUGUUGCAUCAUUUGACUGUGCGUGAAAACAUUAAACAUUCUGUCACAUGCACUGGGAGGGUGCCAACAUACCUUCACUUGUGAUAAAAUGAAUACUUAGAUUUUUAGUUCCGACAGUAGAAGUGUAAACAGUCUAUGAAGAGCAGACAACUCCAUUUUUAGGGAGCCCCAACCGUUGGAAUCCUCUGAUCUAGCGUUAGAAUCUGUUUUCAAAUAGGAUGCGAGAGGAAGGUCCCAGGAUUGAG